AUGCCGCAGAGCCGUGAACUCGCUAACAAGAAGAACGACCACAAGGACCGCCAGUCACGUGGCCCUAUGGGCGCUGCUGCUGGACCCAAGAAAGGUGGUGCCGGUGCGCACAACUGGGGCGUGUCGACUGACGAGGAAGGCGCCAUUGCGGCCGUCGACCGCAACGACCCCAACUACGACAGCUCUGAGGAGAACUAG